AAGAGCGCGAAACCCAAAUAAAAAUGGCGGAAAUUCCUGAUAAAAACGUAAACAUACUUUCCCGGUUCACAAAGCUUCCGGACAAAAACCAGGCAACUGUUUUGUUUGUUGGUGUGAAGGGAAUUGGAAAGCACAGGAUUGCAAGAUCUAUGCUUGGUAUUCACACCGAGUUCUCGCUACAAAUCCGUGUUGCUACAAGUCUGCCAUUGCCAGAGGACACUGAAAACACAAGACCCAGAAUCGAUUUUAUUGUCCUGUUUAUUGACUUAACCAAUAAUUUGAGGUAAUCCAACAAACUGAAAUCUUUAAUUACAGUUCUUGUAUCAACUUUGACAUUUAGUU